AUGGAUAUCAUUUUAUUGCUCUUGCUGCUAGUACUGCUUCCUCACAUAGUCUGCAAGUCUCGUAGAUGCAGCAUCACCCAUCCAUAUUCUUCAUAUCAUAAAUACCAAAAACUAGGAGAUAUCAUUGUUGGUGGCAUUGCUUCUCAGACUGGCAUCCUACCAAAAGAAGUUGUCUUCACUGAAACCCCUUCACCAGUAUUACCAGGAGAGUUUGUCUUAAUUCCUAAGAAUUACCAGCACAUCCUGGCUAUGGCAUUUGCAGUGAAGGUGAUCAAUGAAAACCCACAGAUCUUACCCAAUCUCACCUUAGGUGUCUGCAUCUAUGAUAGUUAUGAUAACGCCCAGAAAACUUACCAAGCCACCUUGCGACUUCUAUCAUCAAUGGAGGAAUUGGUCCCCAACUAUGUAUGUAACAUCCAGAAUCAUGUAGUAGCUGUUAUUGGAGGAUUGGAUGCACAAAUUUCUCUUCAUGUGGCAACUAUUUUAGAUACCUAUAAGAAACCACAGCUAAUGCUUUACAUGCUUUGUCCUCUUUUAAACAUAAACACAAAACUACGGCAGAGGGAGAAGGAGGAAAGAUACAUAAUCAAGGCUUCUGGCAGUGCUGGAGAUUUGGUUUCUUUUGAUCAGAAUGGAAUAGUAGCAGCUGGAUUUGAUAUCAUCAACUGGAUUGCUUUCCCAAACAAAUCAUUUUUUCGUGUGGAAGUUGGGAAGGUGAAUCACUUAGCUUCUCCAGAUGAACUUUUAACCAUUAAUGAAGACAUCAUUACAUGGCAUAGUUGGUUUAAUCAGGUGAUACCCAUCUCUGUUUGCAGUGAUAGUUGCUAUCCUGGUUCCAGCAAAAAAGUGAAGGAAGGAGAGCCAUUUUGCUGCUAUGACUGCAUUCCCUGCCCAGAAGGGAGAAUUUCAACUGAGAAUGACAAAAAUGAAUGUUUCAGAUGCCAAGACAAAUACUAUCCGAACAAGAAAAAGGAUUUCUGUAUUCCCAAGGUUAUAAGUUUCUUGUCUUAUGAAGAACCUCUAGGGAUAAGUUUAGCAUCUCUUGCAUUUACCUUUUCUUUAACUACAAUUCUUAUAUUAGGAACAUUUAUGAGGAACCACAACACUCCCAUUGUCAGAGCCAACAACCAGAGCCUGACCUAUACACUCCUCAUCUCCCUCCUGCUCUGCUUCAUUUCAACAUUGCUAUUCAUUGGUAAACCAGGAAAAGUGGUGUGCCUUCUCCGACAGACAACUUUUGCCAUCAUCUUCUCAGUGGCUGUUUCUUCUGUCUUGGCAAAAACUAUCAUGGUUAUUAUGGCUUUUAUGGCCACCAAACCAGGAUCCAGAAUGAGGAAGUGGGUGGGGAAAAAGUUAACCAAUAGCGUUGUUGCUUCUUGUUCUCUGAUCCAAGCAAGUAUAUGUAUUUUGUGGUUGGCAAUGGCUCCUCCAUUCCCAGAUGUUGAUAUGUUCUCAGUGACUGAAGAAAUUAUUCUUCAGUGUAAUGAAGGCUCUGUGACCAUGUUUUAUUGUGUCCUUGGCUAUAUGGGUUUCUUGGCUCUCAUCAGCUUCACUACAGCUUUUCUUGCCAGGAAAUUGCCUGACAAUUUCAAUGAAGCGAAGUUCAUCACCUUCAGCAUGUUAGUCUUUUGCAGUGUUUGGUUGUCCUUUAUCCCAGCAUACCUGAGUUCCAAGGGGAAAUACAUGGUGGCUGUGGAGAUCUUUUCCAUCUUAGCCUCUGGUGCUGGGGUUUUGGGUUGCAUCUUCUCCCCCAAAUGUUAUAUCAUUGUAUUCAGGUCUGAUCUAAACAUCAGAAAACAAUUAGUAAGACAAAAAUAAGCCUUUCCCUCUUUUCUCAAUGUUUUUAAUUUAGUCUUCUUUCUCUGUACGCAAUGUAGAAUAUUAUCAGAUUUUGACAAAAUGAAAUGAACCUUCAUGCAUCUC